UUACCGUUCCAUCCAUCCAUCCAUCCAUCCCCAUUUUAAGCUGCCGACUUCAGAGUGCAAGAACCGAUCGAGAGCUCCCUAGGGAAGGAAAGGGAGCUCAUUCCGCAAGGGCCGGAUGGCGAAAGGGACGCGAUGCAUGGCGCUGCUCCUGCUCGUCGGCCUGGCUGCUCGAGCGGUCUCGGCCGUCCCAGACGGCCUUUUACCAAACGGCAACUUCAAGGACGGGCCGGGCAAGUCCCAGCUGAACGGCACCAUAGUGAUGGGGAGCCACUCGAUACCGUUCUGGGAGGUUUCAGGGUUCGUGGAGUACAUCGGGUCCGGGCAAAAGCAAGGUGAGAUGAUCCUGCCGGUGCCGGAGGGCGCGUGCGCCGUCCGGCUGGGCAACGAUGCGUCCAUCCGGCAGAAGCUCAGCGUCACGCGUCGGACGUUCUACUCCAUCACGUUCAGUGCGGCGCGCACGUGUGCGCAAGCCGAGAAGCUGAACGUGUCGGUCGCCUCCGACUCGGGGCUUCUCCCCAUCCAGACCGUGUACGCGAGCAUCGGCUGGGAUUCCUACUCCUGGGCUUUCAAAGCCAUGCACAGCGUCGUCUCGCUCGCCAUCCACAACCCCGGCGUCGAGGACGACCCGGCGUGCGGCCCCAUGAUCGACUCCGUCGCCAUCAAGACCCUCAAACCUCCGCAACACACCAAGAGUAAUAUGCUGAAGAACGGGGACUUCGAGGAGGGCCCGCACGUCUUCCCGGACUCCCCGUGGGGGGUGCUGGUGCCGCCGAUGGACGAGGACGCAACGUCGCCGCUGCCCGGGUGGACGAUCAUGUCCCAGUCCAAAGCCGUCAAGUACAUCGACUCGCCGCACUUCGUGGUGCCGCAAGGCUCCUACGCCGUGGAGCUGGUGGCCGGCAGGGAGGCCGCGCUGGUCCAGGAGGUUAUUACCGUGCCUGGGCGGUCCUACAGGCUCUUCUUCUCCGUCGGGGACGCGGGCGACGGGUGCAAAGACGGCAUGGUCGUGGACGCGUACGCGGCGCGGGAGAAUCUGCAGAUGCGUUACGAGUCCCUGGGCGUGGGCGGGCACAGGCGUGCCGAGGUCGGUUUCGUGGCCGUCGGGAACCGGACGCGCGUGGUGUUCCAGAGCCUGAACUACCACAUGAAGCCUGACGGGACGCUCUGUGGGCCGGUCCUGGACGACGUGUCUCUCGUCAGCGUUCGCAAGCGCGUAGCUCGCCGGUUGUUCAUGUAAACGAACUCUUGUUAGGAACGGAAACUUGAAAAGCAGUGAAUAAAGUUUGGUGUAGUAGUUUCUGAAUAAUCUAGUGAAUAAAGUUUGGUGUAGUAGUUUC